AUGGACAGCUCUGGUAGAGUCCCCGUUCCUGCAGAAGACUUGCUCCCACCCUUCGCUCCUCGCCAUGCCACCAGGGUUGAACUUCCCUCUCUCAACUAUGCGACCCUCUCUGAACCUCCCAUGGCCCAUGGCAGUCGCUUUCAGGCUUAUGUCGAAGACGGCGAUGAGCCACCUGCGUACGAAGAGUACUCCAGGAACACUAUGGGCGAGCCACGCGCCAGGAACGAGGCAUUCAAUGCUCCUUUCGACCCUAGGCUCAAUCAGGGCAUGAGCAUCCCUCCGGAUUUCCAGGUUCGUGAAAUCAACCCAAGUGCUCAGGCUGGUCAGGGCAAUAUCCGUGAGACCCCCGGUGUCGAGCCAAGUGCUCCCCAGCGCCCCGCUUCUCGUGCGUCCACCGUCUCAACCGAACCCUUUCCUGACUUCGAUGCAAUUGAAGUCCGUCCCCCUUCGCUGGUAUAUCGUUGUCAGGAGAAAGCAUACGAGUAUGCCUUGGCAAAGCUAGCUGAGGACCUCGUCAAUGCCCGUGGCACCCCAACUGCUGCUGCCAGCUUGAGUGGUCCCAAUUUCUCAACAGACCAGGAACGUCUUCCCAAUGGGCCCUCAUUGAUCGCCAUCCAAGGUGUCUCUCCGUGUUCCGAGCUGUCGCAUCAUGAUCAUUUCUGCCAUGUGCACGAGAAACAAAAGCUCAGAAUGCGUGAGAAGAUCCACUGCACUUUGCUUUACUCCGAUGACAUUCCCAUGCAUUUUCGAAGGAGAUUCACUGCUCUGACGAACAUGGUCAUUGAUAUGGAGUUCAUCUUCUUCCGCGUCAAUCACUUCCCCAGGGAGCCCCUUCGUUUCGUCACUCAGGAGAGCCUAGAAAAGGUUCGCUACUACGGCACGGAGAUGCUCAGGUAUCUCUCUCGCCUUGGGACGACUCUCAACCAGUCGAAAAUCACCGCUCUCAGCUCACAAUGCCUGGUAUCUCAGGUUGCGUCUCGCACCGAUCUCACUGCCCUUGGUCGUUUCCAGAAGAUGGCCGAGAUUGUAAUCCAGCCCCACAAAUUUCUCAACAAGGCUCGCACGUUUGAACAGGAGUUCUUUGAGCUGUUUUCCAAGUUUUAUGAUGGGUUCUUUUUUGAUGAUUUCCACAUCAUCUACAACAAUUACUUGGUGAAGAAGCCCGAGACUGAGCAUGUCCCCCCUAUCCUCGUGGACGUCAGUUACCACCUCAACUCAGUUUACAAAAUCCUCAACCGCUUGGUGGAAGACUACAGGAUCUUGAAGGACACUCACAUUGAAAUAGGCGAGAAGUACCUCCAACCCGUUUUGGAAGAGCUUUCUCAGGGGCCUGGCGUCUGGGAGCAGUGUGUCCGCGCUGCCAACCCUAAUAGCUUUCGUCAGAGCGGACUUCACCCGACGCCUAUCAUUCACUAUACCGGGCCCCAUCCGAUGCAACACUUGGUCUCCGAUCAAGAGCCCCAGCCUCAAUCGGCAUACCCCACUUUCAAUGAGCGCCGUCCUUCCCCGGCCAGGAUUGUGGACUGCCUUGGAACACAGCGUCGUAUGGCACAGAUGUCUCACCUUGGUCACCGCGGCCCUGUGAGAAUCGUCGAUUCUCCCGACACCCAGCGUCGUAUCGCGCAGCUCUCUUACACCAACGAUAACCGCGGCCCUGUCAACAUCGUCGACUCCCCAGGUACCCAACGCCGUCUGGCACAAAUUUCAUACACCGAAGGCCGCCACGGCCCUGUCAGGAUUAUCAGUCCCCACAAACCCCAACCUCCCUCAGCCCAGGCUUCAUACAAUGAAGGCCGUCGCAAUCUGGGACACAUUGUUGGAUCCUCGGAGACUCAGCACCAUUUGGCUCGCGCUCCUCAAGGGCAAACUCACUCAUCACACGGUCAAGCCUACAACAUGCUCGAGCCUCCGGCAUAUUUUCCCAAUUCGUCUUUUACUCAGGGCCGUCAAUCCCAAUCGCCCAUUAUCGGUGAAAUCAUUGACAUCUACGACAACCGUGCCCCUAUCACCCAAGGUUAUCGCCUCCAGAGCCAGAUAGUGGACUUAAACCUUCCUCAGACUCAGACUCAGCAUCAGAUUCACCAGGCGCAGCCUGAAUGUCCUCAAGCCCAUGCACAAAUCCACCACCCCCAGCCUCGUCGCCUUCAUCCAUUCGAGUUCAUGCACGCCAAUGAGGUCCAGCGCACAGUUGAGAGCCACCGUGCUCACCACUUCGCCCACCCCGGAGCCUUCGGUGUCCAGUCCCCUCCCCCAGUUUACGUCGAACAGGUUCGCCCUUCUGAGGCUCGCUACAUCCAUUCGAUGGUCGAGAUUAUCCGAGGUGAACGUCCUCACUCGCCUGGUCGCUGGGGACGUGCUCGUGUCAUGUCACACACUCCGGAGUAUCAGGAACACGGCCUCCCUUUCCACGGCCCAUUCAUCCGCACUCAGCGUGCCCAACCUUAUCACUACAACCCCGGAGAUCACUUGCACUGUCAUAGGCCUCAUACCCACAUUGCAGGCAACGGUCACGAUCACCUUCCUCCUCACGCUUAGGAGUCUAGUGCAUGAUGUCGUCCAUCGUCCCGUCAUGAUGGACAUCAAUCGGUAGCGUUGAAUAUAAGACAGCGCCGAACUUUGAACCCCUCCAAUACCUUGUAUGGAUAUCACCAAAUCCUCCGAAACCGCAAAGGUUCACAAAAAAAAAUCGAAAACGAAAAGCAC